CCCACCGCCCCGCCUAUCAGCCUCCGCGCCCCCCUCCUCCUCCUCCUCCGCUCGGCUACAUUCCCAGUUAGCUUUGAAUCCCGACAAACCUCGCUCUGAAACCGACGCAGCGCGCUCAAACCUCCGGACAAAAUGGCAUCAGGUGUGACAGUUACCGAUGAAGUCAUCAGGGUUUUCAACGACAUGAAGGUGAGGAAGUCUUCAACUCAGGAUGAGGUGAAGAAGAGGAAGAAGGCCGUCAUGUUCUGUAUGAGCGAGGACAAGAAGAAUAUCAUUGUAGAAGACGGAAAGCAGAUCCUGGUGGGAGACAUCGGGGAGACCGUGGACGACCCCUACCUCUGCUUUGUCAAGCUCCUCCCUCCCAAUGACUGUAGAUACGCCUUGUAUGACGCCACCUAUGAGACCAAGGAAUCCAAGAAGGAGGACCUGGUCUUCAUUUUCUGGGCUCCGGAGAGCGCUCCUCUGAAGAGCAAGAUGAUCUACGCCAGCUCCAAAGAUGCCAUCAAGAAGAAGUUUACAGGUAUCAAACACGAGUGGCAGGUGAACGGCCUGGAUGACAUUCAGGACCGCGCCACGUUGGCGGAGAAGCUGGGCGGGAACACGGUGGUGACUCUGGAAGGCAAGCCGCUGUGAUGUCGCAGCAGAGCCGAGCCAACCGCUGUGCCAUCAGGACCGAAGCAACCGACCCCCCACCCACCCACCCAAACACGCCACUUCACCCAGCAGCUCGCCAUGUCUGUAUCCAUGUCCUGAAGGAGUUAGCAUCUCUAGGCCUCUUUGUUCUUUUUGUUCUGGUUCUUUUGCUUGUUUUGUUUUUUUCUCAACCUAACAGGAGAUCUCAAGUAACAAAAUGGUAUGCAAGCACCCCUCCACCCCCCAGCUCACAAACAGUACAACUCACCCCCACCCCACCCCCCUCACUGGUCGUCUUUCCCAGCCAGAGUUUUGCCAAAAAGUCGGGAAUGAAGGAAGCAGCCACGUGUGGAAGAGGGCGCCGCCCAACACUGCCUCCUGCCGCACACGGGUCACACUUUGUCCAUGUGACUCCCCCCUCCUCUCUGUAACCCCCCCGGUGUUGUGUUAGACUAUGCAUCCCGUUUUUCAGCACUUUUUGUUGAAACAUUAAACGUUGAAUUCUGUGUUUUCUUCUCGUUCCUGCCCCCCCUCCGCCUCCAAACACAUCAUCCUUCUAGCCGUUUGAUCGUCGCCUUACUUUCAGUUUGAAUGUAAUCGUCGAGCAGAGUUAGAGUGCACUUUUAUUUAGUCAAGAAGCACUACAGACGCAGAGUUCACCCCAGCAGUGAGAGAUGACCCCCCCCCCCCCCCCACCCCCCAAAAAAACACGCCACCUCCACCGCAACAAGAUCCGGAGCCUUAAAGUGGAACGUUGUUUCUGAGAUCACAGGAAGCCACUUUGCAAUAAAAGCCUGUGGCAGAUCUCGCGCUUCCCGCCGUGUCUCCUUCCACCAAUCACAGCCACACCUGGGAACAUACGACACGCAUAACGGCGCCUCCUGUCUGUGGGAGGAGCAUCCGCAGAUUCUCAUUCUGUCUAAAAUGGUCUUAUUGAAUACAAUAAAGCUGAAGGUCUCGAACUUGAACUGAAA